UCCAAGCCCCCCCUAUCUUCCCUAACAUCUCUCAUUCUCUUUCGAGUCUGAAACACAACAGAAGAAGAAAAAUGUUGGGGAAAAAGAUGGGUUCGUUGAAGAAGCUAGCCAAGAAGGUGAAGGGGAUGGGGGGAGGUGGCGGUGAGCAACCACACUAUGAAUGUUUGCUAAGGGAAAAUGAGCAAAUGUCUCCUUCGGCUUCAACCCCAUCUGGGUUUUUCGCUGUUUACGUAGGAGAGGCUGAAGAAAGGUUUGUAGUGCCAACCAGCUUCUUGUCACAUCCACUCUUCAAGAUGUUGCUGGAGAAGUCAUACAAUGAAUAUGGUUUUGAGCAAAGGAAUAAGCUAAUUGUUCCUUGCACUGUUUCUACAUUUCAAGACGUUGUCAAUGCCGUUGAAUGUUGUAAUGGCAAGUUUGAUUUUGGGAAACUAGUUGAGGAGUUACUUUAGGGGGGGGGGGGGAGAAAAGGGUAGAUUCUUAAUUAGUCUCAGGAAUGCAUUCGACGUUCUGUUUGUAUCGAAAACGUUCCAGCUCUGCUGCACAUUUGAUUUUGGUAAUGUUAAUAAGUUUUUGUAGGUAGAUUAGGCCGAAUCAAGUUGAGAAGAAAAUAAGGUGAUUAAUUGCUGGUUUUUCUUCUUCUUGUAAAUAUUCGCUGCAAGAAUUCAGAUUGUGAUGCCAGAAGACAAUUGGUUAGGUUAGCCAUCAGGAUUCAUUUUCUGAUGGGGCAAGAAGAGAAGAAUCUGU